CUUAAAUUUUUAAUUAAUUUUUUCAACUUUUUUUGAGACAUUUCCGCUUUUAUCUUAAAUAGAAUCAGCUGCUUUGGAAGUUUAAUUUUUUAACUAUACGUUCAUGACGUCACAUUUGUAAGUUUUAUAACGAAUCGUCGACAGAAUGGCUAUUGAAAUGAGUAUGUCUUUCGUACCUGAUAGAAAAGUCUGAUAGAAAAGAAAGUUGACCCAUCGAGCACUGUAUAUAUACAGGGCUAUUGCUGUGUCACAUCUAGUUCAUUCGUAGUAGAAUAACAAGACGUCGUCAAGUUCAGCUGUCAAAUUAUUUAACCUGACGCCGUGUAACUUCAUAAAAGUUUUUUGAAAACAUGGAGUCCAAUUUGGCAAAAUCAAGUGGUAGAAUUAGAGUUGGGAGUAUUUUAGAAACUGCUUCCGGUCAAAUAAAAUAUAAAUGUAUUCUUUGCUCAAACAUUUUUUGGGAAAGUGAACUUUUUGAAGAGCAUAUUAUCGCUGCACAUAGUCACGCAUAUGUCAUUAAUGAAGUAGAAACUAAUGAUAAUGAUAAUACCGGGGACUGUGUGGUUUCGGCCAUCGAAAAUAAUAUUCAAAGCCAAGAAUUGGGUCAAGAUCCAAAUAUUCAUCAAGUCACCGAAAACUGUGUAGAAAGCGGCACACCUCGCAACUCAAGCAAACCCGUAGAAAUGAAUGAUGCACCUACGUGUAGCAAUAAGAUGAUUUCGGUGGAAGAAAACAGAAUGAAAAUGGAAGGAUCUGUCAACAAAAAGGACAUUUAAUGAACAAUAAAUGAUACCAAAAACAUGAUCUGAAUUUUUUAAAAAUAUAUGCCUCUUAAAAAAUACAUAUUUUUUUAAUAUAACGCCAAGGAAAAAU